UAUUAUAAAAUAUAAAUCAGAUAAUCAAUUAAACUGUUGUCCAGUCUGUAUCGUAACUCGUAAGUAUUGAGGUCUGUGAAUUUGUGAUUUUGAUUUGUAAAAAGUUUGUAAAAGUGUUUUUCAAGAGACAAGAACUUUAUUAUAAUAUUUGCGAUGUCUCCCAAAAAAAAUAGAACUACUAAAAGAUAUAUGGGAAGAGUAACUUUAAGUACUCGUAUGAAAAAAGUUCGUAGGGGCAAUCAACAAAACCUACAGUAAGUAUAUAUAAUAUUAUAAAUUAUAAUAUAAUAUAUUAUAGUAUAUACUAGGUAUACCAAUCAUAAAUAUUUAAUGUAUUAAAAAAAAAAAUAAUGAUUUAUUUUAUGUAAAAUUAAGUAGGUAUAGUAAUUAGUAAAUAAUGAUUGUAAAUGGCAAGUAGGGCUGGAGCCUGGAGUGAACCUCAGUCAUAAUAUAGUAAAUCAGUAUAAUGGAUGUGUUCAAUUUGAAUGCAAUAUUUCCUAUCAUUUGUAUAAUAUUAUGAAAAACUAUUUUGAAUGGAGACCAUUGUCCAUUUGUCAGUCUAGGACAGAGAUAUUCAAACUUUAUCAUCGCGCAGCUCCUAUGUGUUUAGAAUAUUUUUACGGCUCCCAAAUUAUUGUAAAAAAAUUGAAACGAUACGGAUACAAUAAUAUUAUAGCCAAUAUGAGUGAUAAUAACAGUAACUUUAGAAUAAGAAAUAAAACUUUAAAUAGUCAAGUUAUGGGACAAAUGCGAAUAACAGAUCGCAAACUGUGUUAUUUUGUAGUAUAUACUCCUAAUUGGACAAGUAUACAGGAAAUUAAAUAUGACGAAAUAUUUUGGAACACAAAAAUGGCCGAAAAACUUAAAAGGUUUUAUAUGGAGUGUUUACUAACAGAAAUUGUCGACCCGCUUUAUGGUAGACGCUUCGAAAUCACGGAUAUUAGAGAACCCGAAUAUAUAAAGGAGGCACAAAGAAAAAAAUUAAAAUAAGUAAUAAUAAUACCUAGGUAUACCUGUAUGCAAUACGCAGUACGCGUAUCAAAUUAUAUUAAAGUUCAUAAUAUUAUUA